AAAUGCAAAUUUACAACAAAAUUUCAGAAACCCUUUUCGAGACAAAAGACAUGCAAUCCACCGCGUCAACAAGGAGCGAAGCCAAUCCCGCACCACCCGUGUGGUUUUCGCUCUUGAUUUAGACUUUCUUUCUCCUUCUCCGCCAGAAAAAGAAAAUUAUUAUUAAGUUAAAAGACAAAAGAUUCAGAGAGCUAAGAAUAGGGGUUUUAUCACCCGGGCAGUACGUACAACGGUACAGGGGCAAAUAGGAAGUCAAGAUCUCCUCCCUCGAGUCUGCCUUCCAAGUUUCAUUCUCUCUCCUCCCUCUCCUCCUCUCCAAAUUUCACCCCCACCCGUGCAUGUGAUAUUUUUCGUUCUCCUUCUCCUGAAUCUCUGCCGUGCAGUUGCUAUUCGGUGGAGAGUCUUCAAAGAGAGAAUUUUGGGUUAAAGAUUGAUUCGUUAUUUCUGUCUUUCUGCGCAAUUUCUCAUAAAUUGGAUGCGGGUAAGUUUUAUUUUUCCUUUUUAUUUAUUUGUUUAUACCCUAAAAGUCUCUGAAAAUCGUGGUGAAAGUCUUCGUUCAUGGAUAUCUGAUGCGUCAAUACGCGUUGACUCGGCCGGUCUUUUGAUUCCUGAAGUCGAAUCAGCUCGAAUCUUCCGAGUCUGAACGAGUUUCCACCGGGUCUACCGUCUCCAGGAUAUGGCGGACCGGUUGUGGAGUGUAAGCUGAAGUUCUGGUGACGACUCGGCCGGGUCGACUCGGACAUUGAGCCAUGGACUUGUACCCUUGUGUAUUCACUGGAUUUUCUUGAUUUGAUUUGGUUGAAAUCGGUUAAAUCUCUUUUUUGAGGGCUUUAGGUUAAUGUAUAUCGGUUUCUUGCGCAUGUAUUCGGUGGAUUAUGCUGAUUUGAUUUUUUGGAUUUGGUGUUUUGGUUGAAACAUCUCUUUUUGUUUGGGUUUUAGGUUGCUAUAACUAACAAAAUGGACAAGUCCAUAGUUUACCAGGUCCUGAGGCUUUGACCGCCAGAAUGGUGGAUGAGUCCGUUGUGAAGGAUAAUGAAGUUGGUGUAAGUAACAAAAUGAAGGCUGUAUUUUAUGACAAGUGUGGAGGCCCUGAAGUAAUAACCCUUAGAGAGGUGGAUGCCCCCAUAGUGGGGGAUUAUGAAGUAUUGAUCCAGGUUGCUGCCACCACCUUCAACAGGAUGGAUCUUUGGCCACGAUUAGACGAAAAUGAUGAAAAUGAUGCCUCAAAGAAAUAUCCUAUCGGCAUGGAAUGCUCUGGGAAAAUAUUGAGAACCGGGAAAUUUGUGGCCGGAUGGAAGCAGGGUGAUGAGGUUUGUGCUCUCCUUCAGGGAGGAGGAUGUGCUGAUUUAGUGGCUGUACCUGCAUAUCAUAUCAUUUCACCUCCAAAAAAGUUGGAUUUAGCUUCUGCUGCUGCCUUGCCGCGGGCAGCAUGUCUCAUUUGGCAUUGUUUUUUCCUCAUGAACAAGCUUACCAAUGGUCAAAAAGUUUUGAUACAUGGAGGAGCAGGGGGAGUCGGAACAUUGGCAAUUCAGAUUGCGAAGCACUAUGGCUGUCAAGUAUUUGCAACCGCAGGAAGCAAGGAAAGGGUUGAACUUUGUGCAGCAUUAGGAGCUGAUGUUUGCAUUAACCACAAGGAGGAGGAUUUCUCUCAACGUGUAAAAGCUGAGACUAAUGGGGCUGGGGUCAACUACAUACUUGAUUGUGUUGGAGUGAACUUUUUGAACCAGAAUGUCAAAAGCCUCGCGUACCGUGGCAAGUUGAUAAUAAUUGGAUUUGAAGAUCCAUGGGGAUUCGUAAAUUUCAACAGCAAGGCGCUUGAGGAUAUGGAACUUGAAAUUAUGGGUGCAGACUUGAAUACUUUACAUUUGGUUGAAAAAGCAAGGCUACUUCUGCUAGUCAAGAAGAACAUAUGGCCAUUAGUUGAAGUAGGUUCAAUCAAACCGAUAAUUGGCAGGGCUUACACAUUCGACAAAGCUGUUGAUGCACUUAGGCUGAUCGAAAAACAUGGCAAUCUAGGAAAGAUCCUGCUAAUUCCUGAUAACACCUAGUUUUCAUUCUAUUUGUGAAGAUCCCAUAUUGAUGGUGAAUUGUGGUGGCUUUUGUAGUUUAUGUUUGAUUAGAGCCUCCAUUCAAUAGUCUGAGAACUGCAUAUUUACUUUUCGAA